AUGGGCAUCUCUGCCAAGGCCAAGAGCGGCGGCGAUGGCUGGGGCUUGGGUCUUCUCUUAGUUUUCUUCCCGGAGGACGAAAACGAUGACAUCGAGAAGAAGACAAAGCUUCUCUCUUGUUCUUCUUGUUCUUCCUCACCUUCAUCAUCCUUCAAAUCUACUGGUUCUAGUAGAUGUGGCAAUCAUAAUCUUCUCAUUAAUAAAGCUCAAUCAACAAUGUCCAUUUGUGCUCUUAUAGUCUUCUUCACUCUCCUCGUCUUCACACUCUGCACUUUCGAACCCACAACCAAUGCCAUUAAUUCUCUUUCUCAGCCCAGCACCAGACCACCCAGAAGAUGGCUCGCCGAGAAUUCCAAGGACUACCAACGUUAUAUGAGCAGGAAGAAGCGAUCCUCCCUGUCUUCUUCGUGGUUUGGGACACUUUGGAAGGGCGGAGUUCGUAAUCAGAAUUCCAGUUUAGCUUCGGAUUCUUCGAUUGCUUUGCAAAGAAUGGGGACAUUGUUCAGGAGAGGAACCAGAGCAAUGAGUGAUCUUGUUGUCGCGCAUGUCAAGGAGGAUGUUACAGAUGAUGAGCUUCGUUUGUUUAUGAGGACUCUGCACCGAUCUGGUCUCACUGCGAGGUCUGAUGUCGUGCUCGUCUUUCCUUCUUUGUCUUUGGCUUCCACCCCUGGCAUUCCUUCGAAUUUUUCUUCUGUAAUUCGGGAAGAAAACGAGUCGUUCCUGAGACUCGUCCGUCAUUUUAGAGGCAAUAAAAGUUCGACUCCUGGGUCGGUGGUGGGUUUCGAUGUAACCCAGUUUGUGAAAUCGGAUAAGAAGCAGAAGCAAGCGGCAGAGCCAUUGUGGGGACGGAGGACUCACGGGAAUUACAGUGGUCCAGAAGCUGGUGGUGGAGAAGACGAGUUGAGUUGGGGAUCGGUGGUGGGUUUUGACGCGGCGGAGCUUGAUCCAGAGAACUCGCUCGCCGGGUUCUUAGAUCAUGUCCCAAUGGCACUUAGGAGGUGGGCAUGUUACCCGAUGCUACUCGGCCGAGUCCGGCGGAACUUCAAGCACUUAAUGCUGGUGGAUGUCAAGAACGUUUUGGUUCUAGGAGACGCACUUUCCCGAGUCAGGAACCGGAAUUCCGAGACAGUCUACUUAUCGGCGACGGCGACAACAGAGAAUGCGCACGGAAAGCACGGCCGAAGGAACUCGGAGAAAACUCAGUCUCGUAACCAAAAAGACUCCAAGCUAUUGAACCCAGAAGUAAUAAUGGGUGGAACUCGAGGCGUCCGGCGGUUAUCGAACGCGAUGUUAACGGCGAUUGUGAGAGUCUCAAUGCAACAAAAGAGCAAGGCCUCUGUCUCCGAGUCGGGGCUCUUGAAUCAACUCGUUCAAAAUGGCCUUUUACUGAAGAACAUAGAGUUGAUCAGAGCAACAGAGUCCAUUCCAGAUUCGAGUUCACUCACGAAUCAGAAAUCAAAUUCUUCUUCACCAUCAUCAUCUCACUCAAUUGUUCAUCAUGGUAAUCAUGGUAAUAGUAACAUCAAUCUUAAGUCCAUUCUUCUCAGAGAACUGUGUUCAUCUGUAAUAGGAUUAAGUUCUUCCGUUUAUAGAGAUUGUUAA